AUGACUACUGAAAAACAAGAAAAAAUUGACGAACAAAUUCGUCCAUUAUAUGCUGAAUUACAAAAAUAUGGACAAACACAAGAUUGGGAUCGAGCAUUGAAAACUACACGAAAAAUAUUGGGUAUUUCAAGUAAUGAAAAAAAAGCAACACAUUGUAAAAUAGUUUGUUUAAUGCAACUUGAUAAAUUCGAUGAAGCAUUAAAUACUAUUGUGAAAAAUGCAAUUGAUACAGCAGAUUUAUUUUUUGAACGUGCUUAUUGUGAAUAUCGUCUUAAUCGUAUUGAAGAUGCUUAUAAUACAUUAAAAAGUAUUGAUAGAGAAUUAAAUGAACGUGAACAAGAACUUCUUGCUCAAGUGCUUUUUAAACUUGAAAAAUAUAAUGAAUGUGUUGGAUAUUAUCGUUCAUUACUUAAAAAUAAUCAGGAUGAAUAUCAAUCAACACGUCAUGCAAAUUUUAUUGCUGCUUUAGCAACUUGGAAAUUAACAGAUUCUUCAAGCAAAAUUCAAAUGGAAUCCAAUGAUUUAAGUGAUGAAACAUAUGAUACAACAUACAAUUCAGCAUGUGUUCUUCUUAGUUCGGGUCAAUAUGUUGAAGCAGAAGUAAAACUUCGAAAGGCUGAUGCUCAAUGUCGACGUGAAUUGGAAGAAGAAGGAGAUAUGAAUGAAGAUGAAAUAUUACGUGAAACUGCAAAUAUUCGAGUACAAUUAGCCUAUUGUCUUCAACAACAAGAUAAAAAUGUCGAAGCAUUAACACUCUACAAUGACGUACUCAAAUCAAAACCAACAGACUUAGCUAUUAUUGCAGUUGCUUCAAAUAAUUUAGCUGUACUUAAUCGUGAUCAAAAUUUAUUUGAUUCACGUAAACGUAUAAAAGUAGCAACAGCACCUGAAACUGAACCAAAAUUAAAUGCUUUUCAAAAGAAAAUUGUUCAAGUUAACGAAGCAUUAUUAGCUAUUCACACGGGACAGCAUGAGACCGCUCGACGUAUUCUUGAUAAUAUGGUAGAAAAAAAUGCUAAUACUGAUGACAGUAUUCCAUUAGCAAAAGUAUCAUUAUUAAUGAAAGAAAAAAAAUUAUCUGAAGCAACUCAAUUAUUACAAGAAUUUAUUGAAAGUGAUAAACAACGACGUAUUUCACUUUAUUGUCGUUUGACAUAUGUUCAACUUCUUCUUUCACAAGGAAAAGUUCAUCAAGCAUGUGAUUAUUUAAGAAGUGAUGAUGAAUUAUUAGUUAAACCGGGCAUUGUAGCAACAUUAGUUACACUUUAUAAUUAUUUAGAAGAUUCAAAAUCUGCUGCACAAGUUCUUAAUGAAGCUGUUGAUCGUUUAUAUAAUCUUGAUCGAACUAAAGGAAAAAAUUCACGUGCACUUGCAUAUUUAAUUAAACAAAAUAUAAUUUAUCAAGAAAAACAAGGCAAUGGAAAACGAGUUACUGAAAUGCUUGAAAUUCUUCAUAAACUUUAUCCAAAUGAUACAAAUACAUUAUCAAAAUUAAUUGUUCAUUAUUUAAAAUCAGAUCCUGAACGAGCUAAUUUAUUAGCACAAAAAUUACCAUCAAUUAAACAAUUAGCUGAAGGUAUUGAUGUUGAUAUGCUUGAAUCAACAUUUGGUAAACGAGUACCAAAAGCAGAAAAAACAAUUGAAAAAAUAAAAGUAGGUGAUUCAAGUUCAACAACAACUACAACAGUAACAACGGCUACAACAAAACAAAAGAAAAAACGAAAACGAAAAGCUCAUUUACCAAAGAAAUAUGAUCCAUUAUCGAAACCUGAUCCUGAACGUUGGUUACCAUUACGUGAACGUUCAUAUUAUCGUGGUAAAAGAGGAAAACGUGGUAAACAAGCUGCUGUUGGCAAAGGUACACAAGGUGCAGUUGGAUCGGAUCAAUCAGCUACUACUACUAUAACAACAUCAACAGGAGCUCAAAGAUCUAUGCCAUCAUCAAAAACAACACCAGGUGCAUCGGGUUCGACAUCAACUCAACCAAAACCAACGCCACCACCAGGCAAAUCCGCUGCGGCUAAGAGAAAAGGAAGACGUUAA